GCAACAGAAGUAAAUUUACAAAAUGGCGCGCACAACCACUGGACAGUGCUAGACCAGCGUUAUUAAUUAAGAGUUGUUCCUUGUAGAUACGUUUUGCAAUUCAGAGGAAAGUUACAACUGUAGUUCUGUUCCUGAAUAUUCGUUUGUUUUAAGCUGUUUGCUGUCUAGGAAGAGACGCAGGCUGUAUCGGGCCUAAUAUCGUGUUAUGGCAGUCUUCGAAAGUUGAAGUUGCCUUAGAUUCACGAUACAAAAAUGGGGACAGAUGUCGUUAUUGAGGGGAUUCGAGUAAACCCACCAGUUGUUGAAUUUCAAGACAUUAAUGCUGAUGUUGUUUAUCAAACUCAGAUAACAAUUCAAAAUUUUGGGAAAGUUUCCAGACGGAUUCGAUUUCAAGCGCCACCUUCUGAGAAAUUCCAGUUACACUGCAAAAAUCAAGACAGAGUAAUUGCGCCCGGUUUAGAAGUGUCUGCUUUGGUUGAAUUCUGCAGUCAACAGCAAGAGGACCAUGAUUCAAAAAUUUUACUUUUGGUUGAUGAGGAAAUUAUUGAAGUUCCACUCAUAGCUUUAGCCCCAAAACCAGCAAUGGAAAUUACAGGCCCUGUUGACUUUGGAACAGUCAUUGCUGAUGGCAGAAUAUUAAGACAAGAAAUUGCCAUUUUAAACAGAGGAUCCAAAAAUGGGGCAUUCAAACUGUCCUAUGGAGGAAAGGAACAGAUAACAAUUGUUCCAAGACAAGGAAUUGUGAAAGCAGGCUACUCACAGCCAAUAAGAUUUGAAUUUAUCAGUAAGAAACCAGGACUCUUGGAUGAAGCCAUAAGUGUGAUGAUGGAAGGACAAGCACCGUGCGAAGUUCGUGUCAUAGCUGACAUUGCCAAGCGAUCGUUACUUCUCCUUUCAAUGGAAAACGAGGAGAAAGUGGAUCACGUUGACUUUGGACACACCUAUUAUGGAACUGAUGUUUUAAGAUCAUGUGUCCUUUUCAAUCAAAGCCCGGAUCCUGUCAGUUUUGUUGUCAUAUUGGAAGAAGAUGGAGAAGGACAAGAACUGGGCGUGGAUCUAAGUGUCACAAAAAGUGCUGCUUUCUUGGACACCAGCAAGACCAAACUCAAAUAUGAGGAGAACGAUCUUACUUCGCUUGUCACGGCCAGUCCGACUCAAGGCACCCUGGCGCCGUACGAUAAGCGGUUAUUACAUUUUAAGUUUAGUCCACGCUUCUCAAAGUCAGAUCAAGGAUGGUUCACAACAGACAAGUCGGAACCACGCCGAGAUUAUGCGGUGUUUGUGCAUAUCGAUAUUGUUGGAAAUAUCAUCAAGCUGGGUGGCAAAACCACCCCAACAGAAGCAAACGAAUCGAGAGUCGAAGUUGCUUUGACUGGCACUGCCUUGCCUGUCUCCUUAUCAAUAUUGCCCAGUCCUACCAUUGAAUUCGACAACUGCCCAGUCGGCAGCAGCCUGGAUUGCAAAGUCACUAUUCGCAAUGAUUCUCCAGAUCUUCCGGUUGCCUUCGCAGUGCCGAAAUCUGCUCACUUUGUCCCAUUUCCACAAGCAGAUUGCCUUGAUCCCAACGGGUUCAUGGAGCUGCUUAUCUCUUUUCGGCCUAAUCAAAUAGGAAAUUUUAAACCUAAGAUGAACAUUGUUGUGCUCGGCUAUAGCGUAGAGAUUGGUGGAGAUUUCAGUAGUUUACCGAAGUUUAAGCAAAAAGCAAUUUUCAAAUACCCACUGCAAGUUCGUGGUGUGAGCCUGCCCGUUGUUGGCAAGAAAACUGCAAAGUCACUGAGUGCUCAAGGACGAUUGUUUCCACAAGAUGAGAACGACAGUAGCACGAACUUAGUGCUUUCAGGCCUGGGUACCUCUUUGAAAGUCUUUUGUUCUGAUGAUACAAAUGCAGGCAUGAUGAGGUCAAAGGCCUCGGGUGUAUCUAGCGGGAAAGACUGCAAGAAGACUCCCCGAGACUUCCCUGUAACCAUGGCAAGGCCUGAUGACUUAGCCGCCAGCAUAAGACCUAGUAACAAAAAGGAAAAAGUUUUGACCCAGUUUACUAAAACCGAACGAUACACCUACGUAGACCCGGACUACGAGUAUAGUUUUGAAGAGGAUGAAGAACGUCGCAUGCAUCGGCAGAAAUACGUUGAUUACAUUCAGAAGUUAAGGAAACAGAAAAUUGAGCGAGACAAAGCCUUGGAACUGAAGAAUCUCGACAACCCAGUGGAUAUUGGGAUGAAAUCACAUUCCGGUCUGCAACCAACAAAAAUUAAGAUUGAAGACGCUAAACCUAAAGGAAGAAAAGAAGGUAAUAAAAUUAAUGUCUCGAAACCAGAGAAGCAACUCUUGACUUCAAAAAGCCUUCAAAGUUUGCAGCGGGCAGCAGCCACGAAAAAGGUUGCUGAUGGAUUGAAGGCUCUCCCAACAACAGCAGCAGAAAAGAGUGAUUGCUCCAAGGCACUUUCGCCAAAGGAACUGUACCAAAUAGUUCUAGAACCAAAAGUGAUCGACUUUGGUGAGAUCUGUGCGAAGUCUUUAGCAUCAAAGAAAAUGAAAAUAGCAAACAGCCUCAGCUCUCAUAUUCACAUCAAGGCCGAGAUCGAUUGUCGCGAACUUCGCCAAACAUCGCCUCUUUCUCAAGUGGUACCGCCUGGCUGUGUUGCUGCGCUGGAAUUUGUAUUUGAAUCGAACAACCUUGGAAAAUUUGAGAGGAGCGUCUCAUAUACCAUAAAUGGACAGCAUAAAGCCCAUGUCAUUGUGCUGGCGGAGGUAGUAACUGUUGCAUUAUCGUUAUCCACACAAGAGAUAACUGUUUCUCCCUCACCUGGGCUUCCUCCUGAAGCAGGCAUGAGGAAAACUUUGACUUUGCACAACAACCGCAACAUGACAGCCGAGUUCUCUUGGGCCCCUGUUGUUGGAAAAGACGGAACGGCCUUUUCAGUUAGGCCUGCGAGAGGAACUGUAAAUCCGAAUUCAAGUCUUGAAUGCGAGGUUGUAUUCUACCCGUCAUACUUUGCACCAUUGACUGGUUUGUUCCAUUUGAAUGUUGAAGGGGGAAACCAAUUGGAAUUGCAUACGGAGGCUGAAAUUCCCCAGACGUCUUGCUCGUUUGUGGAACACCGUGUCAUGUUUGGUGCUGUUCCACUCAAUCUUGUCACCACGCGUUCUGCAUUCUUGAAAAACACAAGCCAAAAUCAUGCAUAUUUUAAGGUGGUUGAUCCGUCACCAAUCCACGGAAUGACAAUUACACCCAGGACGGGUGUGGUUCCAGUUGGAGGAACAGCAGAGCUGCUGGUUAGCUAUAAGCCUUUGUCAGUUCAAAAAUUUGACACACAAAUUGAAGUUGCAGUUAGGGGCUGGAAACCGAUAUUCCUUCGCUUAGGUGGCCACGUCGAGCCGCCUUGUGUUGAUAUUGACUUGGAAUCGUUCCAAUUCGGAGGCAUCUACUGUGGAGCCAAAGCUGUCAUUCCAUUUAAACUGAAAAAUCUGGCGCGAUCCCGAGCAAAAAUAGCCUUCGACUUGUCACGCCAAAGGGAUUUCUUGCUGACCUUCGGUGAGUUUGGUGAUGCAGGUCAAGAAAUCCCAGAUGCAGAGGGCUGCUUUGAAGUUGGUCUCAUAGGACAGCAAGAGCUGCAGUGCUUCCUUGAGUUCAACCCCGUUGAGGUUGCGUCGUACGAUUUUAUAAUUCCAGCAGUUAUAAACCAGACCAUCGCCCCAACACCACCCCCUUCGCCAUACCCUGCAUCUGUGGCAAUGUCAAAACCAGGUCACGUCUCAGAGGAUUUUGAUGGAUAUGAAUCAAAAAGAGUCGCCCAGUUUCCGACCCCGAGUCGCCGUGUUCAAGGAACAGCAUUAAGGGCCCCCUUGCAAGUUUCAAGCACUGAAAUCAACUUUCAUCUGCCAUCUGGCUACCUUGAAAUGGGCAUUGAAACUUCUGCGGGAAGAGCUGCGGGUAUCAUGUUUGUCAACAACUCCAGUGCAAAUUUAGUGUGGUGUCUGAAUAUUGAGAAUGCUGGCCCGUAUUUUGAAGAUGGCACGUUCCAGCUUUUACACCGAACUGGUUCUCCGUUUCAACUGACGAGAGAAGGAAGGUCAUUGUCUUUCCCUGAAACUGCAAUGUAUAGCGGCGAAACAUCGCAACUUGGGAUCCUUUUUGCUCCAAGGGAACCUGGAAUCUACGAGGCAAGCAUCCCAGUCAUAAUGAACGGAGACAUCGAACACCCUUAUCGAAUGAUUCAUCUGCAUGGUGAACUUGAAGCCCCAAGCAUCAGUUUUGACCCCACUGCUAUUCAUUUCUUCCCGACUCCAUUGCGCACAAAAGCAACAAUGGAUUUCUACCUCAUAGCAAAAGGAUACAGAAGGGUUGUGACUGUCAAAUGCAUUGUCCCAGAAGUAGAGCUUGAGGAUGGCAGCGAACUUCGUGUUCUUGAUGUCACAUUUCCAGACGGUAACAUCAUCCAACCUUGCUGUCAAGAUUUUGGUGAAAAAGAGCCUUUUAAGAUGCUUUGUCGGAUAUCCUUCGAAUCGCCUAAACCAGUUUCUUUUAGUACGGCUAUAGAAUUUGUUACGGACCAAGACAGACAUCCCCUGCAUGUUAUGGCUACAGCAGACAACUGCAUUUUGUCGUGCUACAAAUUUCUAGCAACACAUCAGACUGACUUUCAUAUCAUCUGUGAAGAGCUUCCGGGUAAAGGAAAAGGAGUUCCAGGAAUUGCUAGCAAAAAGGAGGGAAUCGCCUACGGGGAUGCCAUGCUUGUUCCUUGUGUAUCAGCCAUCAAAUCGCCGACCGAAAACUCAAACAUUACAACAAGCACGUCAUUCGGUCUGAGUGUUUCAACCUAUCCGGAGUCUUCGAUGUCAUCAUCAACUGCAAGAUCGCCUACGGAUGAUAACAAAGAAGAAGAAGAGCACGAAGAAACAACAAUUCCUUAUGAAUAUUGUGGUACAGAAGACACAGCUGAAACGGAGGAAGAGAAGUAUUUGAAAGAUGUCAUGAAAUCAGUGCAAAGAUGGUACUCUUCUCAAGCCUGGUCAAGCGGUCCUAGCCCUAUUAUUUUGCCCCAUUCAUUAAGGUCCUGUUUUGGCCCUGGGCUGGAUGAUGGGGGAACGACUAGAGCUGGAAUCUGGAGCCGGGAGAAGAAAAAAGAAAACAAGACUGUUUUUGAUAUUGUUACCCAUUUAUGUGGGAAGGCGAUUCCGGGUAUUCCAAUCAAUGCCUCUGUGCCGACGGAACCAUUCGAAAGGACCAAACACCUGCACUGGAUGUACGCUACCCUGCUUACCUUUUUAAGGUGCCAAGGAGCCAUGGUCGCCUCUAUUCUUCCAGAAUAUCUACUUGACAAAGAGGAUUUCAAGAGAUUGGUAUUAAUGCGUAAUUCUGAGAUGUCAAGUGCCGGUGUCAGGUUCUCUGCACGAAGUUUACAGAGGGAGCAGGAGAAAUACGAGACCUUGUCAAAGCAUUCCUGGACAGAUCUGCUACUGCAAAUUAUCAAGGUACUCGUUUUAAACAGAAUCACUCCACAGCAAUAUCGCAAAAUUGCCCUUCCCAGCAAAGACUCCUUGCUACCAGUCUUGAAUGCAGAUCCGUUGAGUAGCAAUGUGUUUGGUGUUGGUGAGCGAAUCAUCCUGUCCUGGGUGAAUUAUCACUACCAACAGCAGAGAUCGGCUGGCCUAUGGAAAACCAGCGUCGAUGGGAAGACUCCCUCAUCAAGAUGGAUUGUCAACUUUGAAAAUGAUUUCUUGGAUGGGCUUGUGCUGGCCUCACUAAUCGCUGCGCAUACACCAUUCAUAAUUCCCAAAUUCUUUGCAUCGAUGUACACACACCCACUUACAGCGGAACAAUGCCUGCAUAACGCACUAAAAGUUGUCGAGGCCAUUCGGUAUCUUGGAAUGGAUUAUGAUGCAGUGGCCACGGACAUCACAGAACCGAAUCCCAUUAGCAUGUUGAUGUUGUGCAUUUAUCUAUACCAUCGCCUUCCGCAUUACAUUCCAAGGUCGAAAGUAGAGUUUACUGGUCCAUUGCAUUCUGACGUCACAAAGCAGGUCAAACUGCAGAAUCCAAGCACAAAGCCUAUAGUUUACCAAGUCAUAAUUGCUGGAGACCAUGCUGCCGAUUUCAAUGUCCCAUCAGGGCGAACCAUAAAGGUUCCACCAAAGGGACAAGUCCAACUUCCAAUUGAAUACAGAAGCCGUUUCCUUCGCUCCUGCUCAGCAGUCCUCAUUCUUGUUGGUCGCAGAGUCGGCUCCCAAGUUGGGUCAACCCUCGUCUUCAAUUUAGUAACAUCCGUAAACAAUAUCACACCAAUGGCCUCCAUUAAAACGGACUCUCCAUGCUAUGAGCUCAAGAAAAUAAAGAUUGAUGUGAAGAAUCCUUUUAGCAAAGAAGCGGACUUCAAGAUCAUUUUAGUCGAGGCGAAACCUAAUUUGCAAGCUCCGUCUCCACAAGCAAAGAAGAAGACCAAACAAUCUUCUUUGAAGAAAGUCGAAUCGAAAAUUGACCAUGGCAUCAAAAGAAAACCAGACCUAAAGAAGAACGAAAGCUUGGUAGAAAGCCGUGAUUCAGCGCACAAAGUUGAGCAAAUGGACAAUAUUGAAAUGAACAUUAGCGCUUUCUGGUGCCCAGUGAAGAAAAUUUGCAUCGAACCGUAUGGAACUUCAUCCCUCGAGGUCCAGUUUCUGCCAUUUUCUAUUGGCCAUCGUCAGUGUUCCGUGCUUUUCUUGAACGAGGAUGUUGGUGAACUUGUAUACUCAAUCGAGGCUGAAUCGUUACUUCCCUUGCCAUCUUCGUUGCCAUACCAACCGUCAUCACACAGUGUAAGGGUUAGCAGUGCCUCUGCGGCGGAGCGUUGCCGUGGAUUAUUUGGCGGUGAUGAUCGCGUUGUUUACUGGCAGUGUAGUGUGGAGGAUGAGAUUGCGGAGGAGAUUUUGUUGCCUGUUAUUAACGAAGCCAAAGAAAAAGCUUUGACCAUAGCUGCGCAGCAACGUAUGUCCGAGAAGGAGCUUCGUCGCCGUGAAAUCACUGGGAGUUUGUCAGUAGCAACAAUUGCAAAUGCAUUGCAAACAAUGGGCCUUUCGAGUGAAUCGCUUGCCAUCACUUCUCCUUGUUCACUUGCGCAUAAAAGUGAGACAAUACAGUUUGCAAUAGAAGGAAACUCAAAGUUUUUCAAGUUGCCAAAAUCGUGCGAUAUAACUGUUUCUAACAACAGAAAAAGUGACGACGACAAUGCAAGACUGCCAGUGGGCUUUGUUCCUGAAGGGCCUGGACACUACCAAUGCCGCGUGAUUCUGAGGGCGCCAAAUGACGUGCGCGUUUAUCAUAUUGAAGUAACUGUCAAUCCAGAAGGGUCAGAUAUCGAGCUUGAAUUCACAUCGCCUACUCACGAAUCAGUGACUCAGAAUAUCCCAGUUGUAAACGGCAGCGAGAGAGACUGGACACUUUAUGCUAAGAUUGAUGGAGAGGGGUUCUAUGGCCCAGAAGAGCUGUACUGCCCCAAACAGACGUCAAAGUCGUACGCACUUACUUUUAAGCCCAUGUAUGAGGGAGUUGUCAAGGGCCAGUUAAGAUUGAUAAACACAAUCAGCGGAACAGAAACUAUUUUCCUUUUGAGAGGAGAGGGCAGAAAGCCGUUACAAAAUGGCCAUUUGGAAUUGGAUUGUGAAGUCAAACAAUCAAAAAGCUAUGAAUUGGAGAUACCAAAUGCUACCAAUAGGAAAAUGGUUUUCCAGACAUUUUGUGACCUAGAUUUUAUCAGCGGUGCCCCGUUUGUUACUGUACUCCCAAAACAAACAGCGAAAUUCACGAUGACAUUGAAGCCAUGGAGAAGAGGCGUCUUCGAUGGGAUUAUUUCAUUUGUCUCGGAUGAUGAUGUCACAAAGAGGCUUGGCUUGGAUAGGACAAUUGAUUCAGACAGUGAUGAAGAUGACGUCAUCCUUCCAGAUGCAUUCCGAGGCAGCAACAGCCAAUCGUCAAUAAAGCUUCCUGAUCUUGCAAGUCAAAAAUCGAUCUUCAAGAAGCCGUACCGCUUGUGGUACUCAAUGCGGAUCGUUGCUACACCUGCUCCUCCAGCCAAGGCGAUGGAAAUCGAAUGCCCGUGUCACAACCGUGCUGCAAUCGAGAUAGUAGUUGAAAACCCAACAAAAGAGAAAAUAGAAUAUGACGUGUUUGUGGAAGGGCCUGACUUGAUACCUGGCGAUGAAGUGGUUAUGGUACAACCUCAUUCAUCAGGAUUUUAUCAAGUGGAUUAUGCGCCAACAGUUGUUGGAAAUAGCAGGGGAAGCGUGAUCUUUCAACAUCCUUCCGUCGGUGAAAUCUGGUAUGACUUGCAGCUCGCUGCCAUUUCUCCGCCUCCUCAAGAUCUCCGAUUGAUGCAAUGCCCGUUGGGAAGCAAAUGCCACCAAAUGAUUCGUUUGGACAAUCCAACAGAUAAAAAUAUCACGUACAGAGUAUCGUGCUCCAACAAUCACAAUUUCCGCUUCGAUUUCCACGACCAGAAGAUUGAACUACUUCCGCAUUCUGGUGUUGAAGUGCCGUUGACGUUCUCUCCGUCUGCACUUGGACUAGGAAGGCACAAGGCUGAAAUAGUUUUCAGAAGUGAAAAGCUUGGUGACCUCGUUUUCAUUGUGAAUGGAAGCGGCCAGACUCCUGUCCCAUCGGAUGAUCACGUGAUACGCUCUACAUUAUCAAGCAGUUCUUCCACAAUCAUAUCGUUUGAAAACCCGUUUGAAGAAGAUAUUAUAGUCAAUGUUGAUUUGCAAGAGCGACCAUUAAGUAAAACAGGUGGCAUAUUGAAUCUGUCUCGCCUACAACAAACGUCACAAGACCAAGCCUUCAGUCUCCUUCUCAGGCAGGCAACGGACAUUCUUCUACACCCAAAAACAACUUUAGAUAUCCCAAUAUGCUUUGCCCCGGAUUCCAUGGUGAGACACGAGGCAACCUGUUACGUCAUGGCGAUAAAGGCCGACGGUUCUUCAUUCGAGACACAUGGACAGAUUACUAAAUUCCCGUACAACAGGGAAAUGCGAUGGGUAUUCCCGAUAAGUGGAAUCCCCGAAUCAUGCCCAAUUAAGGAUUCAAAGGCACCACGUAUUGAGUGCAAAGCAAGAGCAAGACUUGAAAAGAGGCUGGAGCUUUCAUUUACGGGCCUCAAUAUGAACCUACCGAACUAUGCAAGCGCGAUUCAUUUGAGAUCUCUCUCACCAAGUGAAGGCGUAGGGCCAGUUUCCAAUUUUGAAUAUGGUACCGACUACGCAUUUUUGCCUGAAGAUUUCAAAUACUGGUUCGAAUUUGGAGACACUGAAGCACAGGUUGCAGUUGAACGGUCAGUUGGGGUGAACCUUGUUCGACGAAUGAGUCACAAAGUGUCAGGGGUGGUCACGCUGCUGUUUAAUGUUGUCUUCGCGCCGCAUAGAUCUUUAAGUCACUUGGUCCAUCUUAUCAUAACUGCGAGCUCAGGCGGAGUUUGGCGAUUUCCACUUCGAUUCACUGCGACGGAGCCAGCCCCUGAUGACGUCAUUCAACUUGAAGCUGCAGGCUUAAACAAGGAGGUUUCUAUCGGAUUCCGUCUAACAAGCAAAUCAGACUCCUGUGUGCCGUAUCAGGUGAGUCUAGAAGCGAGCGGAGAUCAGAUGUUUUCCGUUACCCCGUUGUCUGGUGAGCUGCCCCCUUCAAACACCCCUGGAGAGCUAUUCAAAGUAACAUACAAGCCGACAUAUUACGGGAAAAAGCACAUCAGUAAACUGCAAAUUCAGACUCCCGACAUGCAAUGGGUAUACGAAUUGCGUGGUGUUCUACCUACAUACCAGCCACCAAUUGCAAUGUCAUCGCAAGACAUGGAAGAGAGGCGUCUUCGCAAGGGCAACAGACGGAAGAAAAACUACGUGAGGGGCAACCUCGAUGUCAAUAGCACGGCUGUAAGCUCUCCAUUCAAAGGCCGCCCUUUGGUUCAAAGGGGGAAAACUGUCCCCACGGAGACACAAUAGACUUCAAUUCUGUAAAUAAAACCUUCCAGGAAUUGUUUAUACUUUGCUCGUAAAAUCUUAAGCUUGCACAAAUCCUAUGUGCAGCAUCGAAUGUAUUUGAUAAAAUUAAAAGAAUAUG